AUGAAGAAAAUGAGCAGAAGUAGCAAGGACUGUGUCAGCGGUAGAGACCGGCGGGUGGGUUUGAUAUUUGACGAGCGGAUGUAUAAACACUACGCUCCUCAUGAAAAGGAUCAUGCUGAAUGCCCUGAUCGGAUUCGGGUCAUCUGGGACCUCCUCAAUUCUUCUGGCCUCGACAAAAGGUCCCUUCUUUCACCCACAAACCACAAUGUGUAUUAUUUUGAAGGCCAUUUAGCCUUGGUUCACACCCAAAACCAUAUCACUUUGAUUAAGAAUAUUAGUUCCAAAAACACUAAGUCUAAGAGAAAAAGAAUUGCUGAAAAUUUUGACUCUAUAUAUUUCAAUGAGGGCUCAACCGAAGCUGCUUGUCUUGCUGCUGGCUCUGUCAUAGAGGCUGCAGAAAAAGUUGCUAAAGGGGAAAUUGAUUCAGCCUUCGCUAUUGUGAGGCCUCCUGGUCAUCAUGCUGAGGAAGCUGAACCAAUGGGCUUUUGCCUUUAUAACAAUGUUGCUAUUGCUUUAGGGAAACCAAUUAAAGAAAGUUUUUCAAAUCUAUAA